UGGACCAGUUUGGUGACAUUACGCUUCAACUCGGGCUCUCCUCCUCCGGUCUCACCACUCCACGAUCGCCGCCGAGAUGUCGAAGAGCGCGAAAUGGGCGCAUCUCUCUCGAGUCCUCGAGUCUCACGUCCACAGCAUCAAGGAGACCUUCCAGAUGUUAGAGCACUCCGCCGGUUCGUCUCUGGACAAGGUGGAUUGGUCGGAAGUUACCAAGUUGGGGGAUGAGGUCUCCAAACAAGCAACUAUGGCUGGAAUGCUUUGGAGUGGAGAAGCACCCGAUGCCAAGGCAUUAGAGGAGAACAUGGGCGCAUAUUGUAACAUAAUUCAUGGUUUUGUCUUACUUUGCCAUGGAAGCACAGUUGGAGCGGGGCCCACCCUCCAUGCAAGUAUCUAUGCUUCUGCCAAGCAAGUUGUCGAUUGCAGCCUUGCACUAUUAAGAGAAGCAGUGUCCUACGGGUCCCAUGAUCACGAGAAGAGAUUUUCCAUCUCACAGCUAGCAGGAACAGUUUGGGAAGCGAGUGCUGCCCUCAAGAAAACCCCAACUACAAACUGCACUGCUGUUGGGCGAGCCAUAACUCAGGUUGCAGUUUCAGUGAAGGAUGUUCUUCGGGAAAUGGGUGAGCUCAAAUGUGCUGCAUCUAAUGACUUGGGAGAUGGAGUGUCCAAUAAGGCUGCCGAGUCAACAUCUGAUGAAGAGGGUGACUUAACUGAAGCUGAUAUCGGUGAUGACCUCUCGGCCGAGGAGAUGGCAAUUGCACAAUUGAUCAUCAGUGUGGUUUCUGAUACACUAGCUGUCAUUAAAGAGCUUAUUCGUUUUAUCACAGGCUUGCUCAAGAGCUCCAGCCUCAAAAUUAGCAGCAAGGAAUCCACCGAUUCCUUGGAGAAACUUCUUAGUUUCUGUCGGGAGAUGGGUCAAGAGGUGAACGAGCUGGGAGCUUGUGUCUAUCCACCACAGGAGAUUUCUCAGAUGAAGUCGAGUGCCAACAAGAUGCAUCGCUUAGUUGAUAAGAUGCACGUUGAAGUUGAGAGUCUUGAAGGCUCACCUGACGGUGUUUACGGCACCUUCAAACAAUUGGAGAGUUCUUUGGGAAACCUGCAGCAUGGAUUGGGUGGUGAUCUAACAGCUGAAAUGGGAAGGCUAGCCGUGUAAUGUAUACAUUCUUGUUAUUCACAUUAUAUUAGCUCAAAGUAACGAGGCAAUGACGUUUUAAUUCCUCCUCUGGCUUAUAAUGUUUGGAAUCUUGGCAACAGGUACCUUUGACA